GGCGACAGCAGUUGCGCAAGCGCGACUCGCACUUCGGGCUUGCCUUCUCCCCCCUCCCCCUCCCUUCCCCAGCCCGAGGGGUCCUGAGGUGACAGCGCCUUAAAGUGCGACUGGAGGAGCCCGUGCGGAGAAGAUGGACAAGGGGAGGCCAGGGCGACGGCGGUCUUCGGCGGAGAUUGUCACAGAAGGAAAAAGGAAAAAGUCAUCAUCAUCUGAUUUACAGGAGAUAACAAAAUUGUUAGCUGUAAAAUCAGAGGCUGUUCAUGCUCAGUCACCACUGUCCAAAUUCAGAGGCUCAGAAUGCUGGGAUCUCCCUUUGGAGGGGUGGACAAGAAGCCUAAGAAAUAAAGUCAUCUCUCUAGACCAUAAAAAUAAAAAAGAUAUCCGUGGGCAUCCUGUGACUUCUAAGGCACCACCAGAAAGAAAGAGAGGAAGAGCUUCGGAAAUCCACAAAGGAAAUGAAAAGAUAACAGAAAAGGGUAUGGAGGGGAAGAUAGGCAAGAUACCAGUAAGAAGUAAGGUAAACAAAGCUUCAGCUGGACUGCUCCCCAGCAGGAGAAAGGAAAACAGAAGUAACUGCCAAAAGGUAAGCCAGAUGGGCGGGCAGUCCUACUCUCCUAAUAAGCCCACAGCCCUCACAAACCCCAAACCCAGCUGCAGGUUUGGGUGAGACAGUGGUCAACUGGAGAGAAAUCCCAUUUUUAACUGCAACCAGGAAGCAUCUUGAGAGACUGUCUAUGAUUAAAAACCGAGCUACCCUCACAACAGGGACCAGCCAGAGGUUAGAGAACUUGCCAAAACACCUGGAUGAGAGAGGCAGGCAGGCAGUUACAGAAAGCAGCAGGGUUACCUUUGGUGGCCAGAGUAUAUCUUAACAACUAGGGUUAAUCCUGGAAUUUAACUGUGCUAAGGCUGAGGCUAAGAAUGGAUCAAACUCUGGAGCCAACUACUGUUCACUGCUAUAGAGUCCAAGAACUCUGAAGAUUCAGGGAUGUGCCUGAUACUCAUAGCUGCAUUGCUCUAACAGUAAAUUCUCAGGUUUUCAAAGUAAGAAGAGAGGCCCUCCACUUGUGCUGAUCUCUUUGCUGUCAUUGCUUCCUAUAUUCCCAACACACUUGGAAGACACCUUCCAACUAAAUAUCACCUACCCUACAGGGUAUGACCUACAGUAUUCUAGCAUGUUGAAAGAAUCUGCCUAGCCCACAGACUAUGAAGCUAAUAAAUGUGGCCAGCAGAAGACCCUGGUAACAAAAGAAGUGAAGAUAACUCCAAUACAGGUUCAGUAACAGCGUAAACCAUGGGAAAGACAAGAGUUCACAGGCUCAACUGACCCUACUCACCCUCCAAGCAUAUAACUGGUACUCUCCAUCCUCAAAAAGGUCAAGGUCCCAGAAAGAAGAUGCUCCAAUACAUCAUUUUCUUCUUUUUCCACCUUGAUGGUUGACUUUUUUCUUCUUACACUUUUAGCAAUA